AUGACGGAUGAUGUGGUUCAUGCAGAAACUACCUUGAACUCCAAAAGACACCGAAACGAAGAGGCCAAGACAUUUUUAUGUAAAAAGAGGGAACCGGACAAAGGAUUUUCCCACACAUCCUCUGAUACGGCUUCAUAUAAUGAAGAACUCGGUGACAAAAAAAAUCCAGUGCAAUAUCACCCAUACUUUCAAUCCAAUGAGAGACAGUUUAUUGCGGACCAGCAUGAGGAUAGAAGUGAAACAGAGAGCCAAAGCAAUGAAAGUUUGGGAGACAGUGAUCCCGAAAAUACAGAUAACAAAUUUAACACCGGCCAGAGCCAAAAUGCGAAACCUCGACGAGCCAGAACCGCAUUUACCUACGAACAGCUUGUAACCCUAGAGAACAAGUUCAAAACAACACGAUAUUUGUCCGUUUGCGAGAGACUGAACCUGGCUUUGGCCUUGAACCUGACUGAAACCCAGGUAAAAAUUUGGUUCCAGAACCGAAGAACCAAAUGGAAGAAACAGAAUCCGGGAAAAGACGUAAAUGUGCCCAGUUUGAAUACAUUUUCCUCAAAACUGUUCAUCCCGCCAAUGUCUUAUCUGCCUAGACAAUCAUCCCCAUCUCCUCUGGGCCUAGGUUCACACAUUUUCCAUCGUCCAGGCUAUUAUUAUUCCGAUUACGGCGAUGGACAACGGAAGGAGACGGGUCCCUACACUGGCUCUCCAGCAAUGCUUUCAAGUCCAUUUCGAACACCUGAUAGGUUUUCAACAACUGGUAGACAGCCGCAUACUGAUAAGGACUCCAAACUUUUGGGCAAAUAUCCCACUGGCGACAGUAACUGCCCUGCGUUUUUGGAAAAUUAUCUAAAACUGUACAUGAAUUCAGUCAACAAUGGUCUGACCCCUGCAGUUUCAACGGAACCCUCCGCGCUAGAUUUACAAGGCACACAGCAGAAUAAAUGGAAUGCCUUCAAACCCGAUCCAUUUGUUUUUCUUGCGCAACACAGUGAGCAAUAUUCAGACGAUCAGAUAAAACCGAAUGGAGUGGAAACCAAUGCAACCGAAUCCAAUGGAUACGAUUCGUGGAAAGCUGGUGUUGAAAAUGUAUGUUCGAAGCAGAAGAUCAAAGGUCUGGCUGCCAAUUCGACUCCACAACGUUGGGGACCUUUAGAAAAUCUAUUCAGCUCCACUUUAGCUCCAACUGAGGAGCUUCAAAACCUAAUGGCAUUCAGCAAAUCGAGUAUCAUUCAAGAGCAGUCACACAUUACUACCGAAGCGGAUCCGAUUCGUAACAAUCACUCAGUCAUGUUCGGAUCGCUGGAGCAAAUGGCCUUUCUCAAAAGUCUAUCAGGCAUUGGAAUGGAUACAAUGGAAUCGCGAGUGAAGCCACAUGACCCUAGCAAACUACAUCUAAUGUCCGAACCCGCGAACAUGCUUUGGAAUGCAGCUGCAAUAGCGGCUGCCACCGCCAUGGCUAAUGUGACCAAUGGGACAUCCUAUCCACACCAAAGUUUGCCAUCAACACUGACCUUAAGGACACAAAAGCAGUCGGAGUCGGAACCAGACGAGUGUUUUCCUGCAUCUGAAUCCGUGGGCAACAGUAAUCAGAACGGACAAAUUCAUUCAACAUCACACAUAAAUUCUUCCUCAUAUGUUUCCAAACAUGUCACUUACCCACCGUCCAGCUCGCCAGCAAAAGCACGACGUGCGUCUUCAGAAACCACUUCAUCCACCACGUCACCACAAACCAUGCAAUUAUCUCAAGCUGGUCAGCAGACACCCCCAGAUGAUUGA